GGAAAAUAAAUCAAGAGCUUCUUUUAGUGUCUAGAACUUUCCACAUCCCAAUCCUGCAAGAGGAAAGAUUGGCCCAGGUUUGACUCGGUGAACAAGUUAAACUCUCAGAACAUCGACAUUCCAUGCAAUUUUGGAAAUAACUCAAGGAAGAGUCCACGAGUGUCCUGGCUUCACAAAGACGCUGGGGGCUGACGAUUGACAGUAAAAGGAGAUGGCAAGCUUAGCGCUCAACACCCAAGCAGACCCUGAAAUUGAGCUCUUUGUGAAGGCUGGAAGUGACGGAGAAAGUAUUGGAAACUGUCCUUUCUGCCAACGCCUUUUUAUGAUACUCUGGCUUAAGGGAGUUAAAUUUAAUGUGACUACUAUUGAUACAGCCAGAAAACCUGAAGAACUGAAGGACUUAGCCCCAGGUACCAACCCACCAUUCUUGAUAUAUAACAAAGAGUUGAAAACAGACUUCAUUAAAAUUGAGGAGUUUCUAGAGAAGACACUCGCUCCUCCAAGGUAUCCUCAUCUGAGUCCCAAGUACAAGGAAUCUUUCGAUGUGGGCUGUAAUCUCUUUGCCAAAUUUUCUGCGUACAUUAAGAAUACACAAAAGGAAGCAAAUAAGAAUUUUGAAAAAUCUCUGCUUAGAGAAUUUAAACGUUUGGAUGACUACUUAAAUACCCCACUUCUGGAUGAAAUUGAUCCUGACAGCACCGAGGAACGUACACUUUCCAGAAGACUGUUCUUGGAUGGGGAUCAACUAACACUGGCUGACUGUAGUUUGUUGCCCAAACUGAACAUUAUUAAAGUUGCUGCGAAGAAGUACCGUGACUUUGACAUUCCAGCAGAAUUCUCAGGAGUCUGGCGCUAUCUCCACAAUGCCUACGCCCGUGAAGAAUUUGCCCACACAUGUCCUGAAGACAAAGAAAUUGAAAAUACCUAUGCAAGUGUGGCUAAACAGUAGAGACAUCUCUUUCAGAAGCAAAAGCUCUCUUUGUUACCUAAUUUCACUUUGUGCCUUAUUAGAAAGAUUAUUGGAAAUAAUAACAUAGAAAAUACUAUUUCCUCUAGUCAAUCUAGUAAUAUAAAAAAUAGAAAAAAAAUAGAAAAGUUUUCCAUUAGCCAUAAACAAUUCAACCGCUUUGUAUCUUGCAGAUGGCUGUAUUUUCAUUUCAAUUAUUCCUGCAACAAACACUGAAUCUUAAAAACA